AUGGAGAAACCCUUGAGGGACUGGGAGUCGGUCGACUUCUUCGAGGUGGACAACGUGGAGCGUCCCGAAGCACCUAUAGCUCCAGGCAACCACUGCCUCGUUUACGGGCCAAAGGAGAGCGGCAAAACAACGCUGCUGUUCCAGCAUGCGCUGAGCGUCGCCAACAGGGAUCCGGGCGCCAGGGUUCUGUUCGUGUGCAAGAGGGAUGCGAUAGAGACCAGGCCGCCUCUGCUUCAGAGGGCCGCCACCCUUGGGGAGGGCGCUGGCAGGAUCCAGAUGAAAUACCUAAACAACGACGCCGAGCUUCGGAGGUUGGGAAGCGUCAUGCACCUGCUGCCACCGGAGGACCUUCCCACGCUGAUCGUCGUCGAUGGCGUGACAAGUUUUUUCGCGCCGGCGCAGGGUGGGGACAACAGGGAGAGAGAGAUGCGCCUGGCGAGGACGCUAGCGUCUCUCAGGGAAUGCGCCGACGCAUGCGGAAGUAUGAGAAGCUUAGGGGUCAGGGAAGGGGAGCACUGCCUGCUGCUGGCGUCGUGCCCGGCGGAUGGGAACCACGAUGCCCCUCCGGUGCAGUGGCUCUGGUACAAGUGGUUCCCCUCCGCUUUCGGUGUGAGACAGCUGCACGAUCAGGAUGCAGGUCAUGCGCCCGGGGUUGCUGCGCAUGGAAUCGUGCUCCGACAUUUCGAGCUGAAACCCAGGCGGUGGGGCGUCGGGUGCAUCUCCAGCGACCCGAUGGACGACAGGAUGGGAAUCACGUACUCGGUCGACAGAGUUGGAGGGAGCCUGGUGCCCACCGGGAUCACGUGA